AUGCUUCAUAAAGACUAUAUUCAAGGAUUAAGACUUAAUUCAACCUUGUCCUGUUACUUGUCCUUGCCUUAUCUUAUUCCUUGUCCUGUUCCUUGUCCUGUUCCUUGUCCUGUUCCUUUUCCUGUUCCUUUUCAUGUUCCUUGUCCUAUUCCUUGCCCUGUUCCUUGUCCUGAUCCUUGUCCUGUUCCUUGUCCUAUUCCUUGUCCUGCUCUUUGUCCUGUUCCUUGUCCAGUUCCUUGUCCUAUUCCUUGUCCUGCUCUUUGUCCUGUUCCUUGUCCUGUUCCUUGUCCUGUUCCUUCUCCUGUUCCUUGUCCUGUUCCUUGUCCUGUUCCUUGUCCUGUUCCUUGUCAUGUUCCUUGUCCUGUUCCUUGUCCUGUUACUUGUCUUGUUACUUGUCCUGUUCCUUGUCCAGUUCCUUGUCCUGUUCCUUGCCCUGUUCCUUGUCAUAUUCCUUGCCCUGUUCCUUGUCCUGAUCCUUGUCCUGUUCCUUGUCCUAUUCCUUGUCCUGUUCCUUGUCCUGUUCCUUGUCCUGUUCCUUGUCCUGUUCCUUGUCCUGUUCCUUGUCCUGUUCCUUGUCCUGUUCCUUGUCCUGUUUCUUGUCCUGUUCCUUGUCCUGUGCCUUGUCCUGUACCUUGUCCUGUUUUCUUUUAUCAAUAA